AUGACGCCAGAACCUGUCCGCGCCGCGCCCCAUGCGGACACCCCGCAGGACUUUGACGUUGUCGUGGUAGGCGGCGGCAUAUCAGGCCUCACCACCGCCCGCAACCUGCUGCGUGAGGGACACCGCGUGGCAGUGCUGGAGGCGCGCGGCGGCCUGGGUGGCCGCUGCCUGCGCCUGCCCGUCACCCACGCCGACGGAACGCCUGUGCGCUGCGAGCUGGAGGUGUGCGACCCCGCCUCGGUCAACAACACCUACUACUACGAUGUGGGCGGCCAGUGGGUGGGCCCCACGCAGACCCGCUUCCUGGCCAUGGCGGAGGAGUAUGGGGUCAAGAAGUACGAGGCGACGCAGUGGCAGGGCCAGACCCGCCUGUACGUCAACGACACCCCCAUCAUCGUCUCCUCCGCGGUGCUCAUGGGCCUGCCGGUGCCGGAGGCUGAGCUGGCGGGGUUCUCCGCGGAGCAGCGUGCCUCGCUGGGAGAGUACGCUCGCCUGGUGGGCCUGCUGAAGGACAUCAUCGAUGUUGUGGAUGUGGAGGAGCCGUGGAAGACGCCCAAUGCGGCGGAGCUGGAUGCCAUCACUUUCCAGUCCUGGCUGGAGAAGAGCAGCGAUGACAAGUUUGCGCGGGACUUGCUGGCGGCGAUUGAGCCGCUGGGGGGCGGCGCCCUUGGCGGCAUCCGCCCCGGCUGGGUCUCCGUGCUGCACGUCGCUCGCCAGGUGAAGUCUGCCCCUCAGGCUGAGGAGCCUGAGCGGUACCUGUUCUGGGGGGCUGCCGGUCAGUUUGUCGACCAUCUGUCCAAGGUGAGCUGA